AUGGCUUUUUCAGGCCGGAGUCGAAGAUGUGCGUUGUCGAUAAGUGUUACAUGGCGAACAGCUGACCGACCUGACGGAUUCCUGCUGGCCGCGGACGGACGGUGCAGCAACGAAAGGAAAGCGGCGGCACGGACCGCAUCGAUAAGCCCCGCCUCAAACGGCGACGGCGUUUUCUAUUGGACGACAGCAGGUGGUCGGAACGUUUGUCGGCUGCUGCCACCGAAUAGCUGGCAGAAAAUCGACCAGGGUCGCGAAGACGUCAGCGAAGCAGCGUUCAACGCCGACCGUUGUUCCGUCGACGACCGUCGUCCGCCGUACGUCGUGCGCCAAACGCCGUAA